AUGCCUUCGUCCCGCUCGCCUACCCCGCCAUCCGCCAAUUCCCCCACUCGACCUGCCUCCCCCGCUGUCCCCGCCCCCCCCUCCUCCUCCCUCCGCCCGGUCACUCUUCUGGCUCCCCCCUCCCACGCCGCGCAACUGCCCUCUGCGGGGCAACCCCCCCCCGCGCCAAUCACGCUUCUCCCGUCCCUGCGCAACCUCCCUAGUUCGUCCUUUCCCAAGUCCCCCUCCCCGCCGUCCGACGACCCACCAUGUCUCCCCGCCGAUCCCCAUGGCAACGCGCAUCACCUGGUUUCCGCCACUUCCACGCUCUCCCCCGCGCUACUCUCUUCCGCUCCGCCGCCCGACCCCCCCGCGCGCCGCAUUAGCCCGCCGCUUCCCCGUCGGAUGCGCAACAUCAACCACGUAGCUCCGCGCGAGGGGUCGCUGUCGCGGCAGCUGCUGCGGCAGCACGUGCAGCGGGAGCAGCAGCGCAGCAAGUGCCAGCGGCAGCAGCAGCAGGAGGUAUUGCUCAGCGUGGGUACGGAGGGAAGAGAGGCGGCAGGAGGGGCAGAGGGCGAACGGGUAUUUACUUUCAUCGGUCGACGAUCCGCUGUAGUCGGUGAGGGUGGAGGGGACGCACUGGGUGGGAUAAGGGCUGACGCAGCUGAUCAAUUUGUGGCACCUGAAGCACCUGACGCGGCACCUGACACACCUGACGUGGCACCUGACGCAGCACCUUACGCACCUAUGGACAUGGAUCCGUCGCAGCAGCACGUGAGAGAGUCCCAGCCGGGGGAAGGUCGCAGUGGCGCAGACUCCGAUCUCCGCGCGCGCCCCAUGCGCCCUCCGGCUCUGCCCCCCGCCAGCCGUGGUGGAGCGGAAGGCGGGUUGGUGCGAGAGCGCGUGAGACUGAUGGGCGCGGUGCUGCGGGCUGCGCCUGGCGCGCACGCGGCGGGCGGUGGGGCGGAAGGCGGAAGCGUAGGCGCGGGAGCAGUGAGAUUCGCGGAUGGGGUGGGCGAGGGGAACGGGCAAACGCAAUGGCUACCGGCGGGUGGGGACGAGGGACUGGGGGACGGGGGGGAGGACAACGAGGCGCGUAGGAAGCGCGCGCGGACGGAGCGGCAAGGCGGAGAGGGCGUUGCAGGCGCGAUGGGUGAGAUGGGGUUCGGCGGGGCAUGGAACGGGGAGCAGGAGAGGCGUGGAAUUGCGGGGUUGGGGGGGUUGCAAUAUGAGGGGCAAGGGGCUGGGCAAGGAUGGCCGGGGGAGGGUGAGCGGAAGCUGGCGCAGGAUCAGGCGCGCGUGCAGAGACAGGGGGAACAUGGGGAACAGGGGGAACAUGGGGAGCCAGGGGAGGAGGAAGAAGGGGAGGAGCAGGCACAGGAGCAAGAGCAGGCGCAGGAGCAGGAGAGGGAGCAGGAGGGGGAGCAGGAAGGGGAGGAGGCAGGGGGGGAGCAUGAGGGGGAGGGCGCGAGCAUUCGGCAGCGGUUGCUGCAGCAGCACAGGCAGAUGCUGGCAGCGGCGCAGCACUCGCUGCUGAUGCGCGGAGGCGGGGAGGGCGCGGAGGGCGCGCAUGGCGGAGUGGACCUUCUGCAGCAGCAGCGCCAGCUACAGCGCCAGUACUUGCGCCUGCUGCAGCGGGACAUGCGCGCGCAGCUUAAUAGGGGGACGCCCGGGGGAGGCAGGGGGCGGGGCGGAGCGCUGGGGGCGGACGGGCGCGCGGGUGUGGCGGGCGCAGGGGGUGGCGGGGGACAGGAGAGGAUGUGGGCGGUAGCUGGGGCCGCGGCUGGGUGGCGGGGGCAACAGGGGCAGGUGGGGCAGCAGGCAGCGGAUACAGCUGGCAGGAUAAUAUCGUCUCCAGUUGUAGUAGCAGGAGCACCGACGGCAGCAGUGCCAGCAGCAGCGGUAGCACCGCCAGCAGCGCCAGUGCGGGCAGUUUCCCCCACAGGCGGCGUGAGAGGCGAGGCGGCGCAGCGGGUGGCGGUAGGGGGGUGGCGGCGGGACGUGCUGGGGGACGGGGUUGCGCGCGCGGAUGCAAGGCGGGCUGGCAGCGAUGUGGACGAAGGGGCUGGUGAGGAGGCAGGGGCGGAGGCGGAGGGGGCGGCGGAGGGUGAGGGGGAAGGGGAAGCGGGGUGGGAGCAAGGAGAGGGGCGGGAUGACGGGGGAGAGGGCAUGGGCGCGGAGGUGUGGAACGAGCCAGUUGCUGCGGGGUGGGGGCAAAUGAUAGGUGAGAACCGGGCAGCAGUGAUGGGUGCCGCAAGGCCACUGGUGGGUGAGCCUGCGCGGGUGGCGGAGGGGUGGUUCCACCCGGUUGUGCAGGCGGAAAUCUGGCGCAGGGCGCAGCAAGGGGGUGCGGCUGCUGGCGCUGCUGCAGGUGGUAAUGUUGGUGUGGCUGGUGCUGCGGGCGGUGGUGAUGGUUAUGGUGGUGGUAAUGGUGGUUUUGAGGAGGAGGCAGGAGAAACGGGCUGGGGGGAGCGCGAGGGAGCAAGGGUGGCGCAUGGGGUGCAUUGGGGGGCACAUGGGGCGCAUGGGGCGCAUGGGGCGCAUGGGGCGCAUGGGGCGCAUGGGGCGUAUCCCGCGCCUGCUGUACCCUCAGAGCGUGUGCUUGUGACGGGGCCGUUCCUCUUUUCGACGCAGCAACUUGGGGGGCGCGCGGAGGAGGGGCUGCGCAGCAACUCCAACGUCUGCGCGCCCUCCCGCGCGGGGGGUAUGGGCGCAGGCGUGGGAGAGCGUACGGGGAGCUCGCUGGACGAGACUGAGGAGUCGGAGGGGAGUGGCGGAGGCGCGGGGGAAGGGGGAGGCGGAGGGGGAGGGGGAGGGGGAAGGGCGCGGGAGACGGAGAGGGAGGAGAUGGGGAGGGGAAAGGGGGGAGGGAGGGGCAGGGCGGGGCAGGGGAGUCGUUUGGCGGUGGUGUGUGGGGUAGCGAGAGGGGGGAAAGGGGGGAAGGGGGAAGUGAGGCAGAUGGGAGGCGGGGAGGCGGAGCAACGGAUGGCGGGGGAAGGGGGGAGAGUGCAGGGCGGCAAUGAGCCAGGCAGUGGCGCAGGUGGCGCUGGUGGUGGCAGAAGGGUGGCUGGCGCUGCUGUUGCAGAUGGUGAUGGGGGUACUGGUCGUGGCGGAGGGGUAACAGCGACAGGCGGGGCAGCAGGGGCAACAGCAGCAAGGCCGCAGGCGCCAUCGGCAGGCCCCAGGCAGCAGCAGCAGCAGCAGCAGCAGCAGCAAUGGCUGCAGCCGCCGCAACAGCAGCAGCAACGCCACGAGCCUCUGCCACCACCACCACCCCCACAGCAGCAGCAGCAGCAGCAGCAGCAGCAGCUGAGGCAAACGCAUAGGAUGGCAGAGAGAGGAGCAGCAGGCGGGGCAGCAGCAGCAGUGGCAGCAGCACCAGCUGUUUCUGCUGGUGCGCCUGGGAGAGGCAGAGACGGCCCAGCCACUCUACCCACCACCGCCCCCUCCUCCGCGCAUCAACCACCCUUCCUCCGCCACCCUCCUCCCCACCUCCCCCACACACCAUCCGCGCCCGCCGCCCUUCAACCCCCACCCCUUCCCCCCGUCCGCGCUGCAACAAACCCCUCCCCUCCGCCCCCUCACCUCUCCUCACCAACCGCCAUGCCACCUCCCAGGCUGGACCCACCAGCAGCCGCGCCUCAACCCAGGGUUGACCCUGCCACACUGACCCCUCAGCCUUUACUGUCGCUGCGGCACUGGUUGAACCGGGCGGGCAGGGAGGUGGAUAGGUUGGAGAACCUGUUUCUGUUCGCGCAGGUGGUGGACAUGGUCGCUGCCGCCCACACGCAGGGCCACGUGGUUCGCCACGUGCGGCCGGCGUGCUUUGUCCUGUCCGCGCAUCGAAGGGUGGUGUUUCACCCACCGUUUCUGCGGGCGCGAGCCGGGGAGGCGGGGGAGGGGGAGGCGGGGGAAGAGGAGUUGGGGGAUGGGGGUGGUGUAGGGCAGGUGCUGCUGCAACAGCAGCAGCAGCAACAACAGGAGGAGGAGCAGCAACAGCGGCAGCAGCAGCAGGGGUGGCGGCAGCAAGAGGAAGGGGGCGGAGGCGGAGGGGCAGCAGAGGGGGCAGCGACGUGGAGGGAGCAGCAGGCGGAGGCAUGGCAGCGGGCAAUGCUGCAGGAGCAAGGGGAGGAGGGUAUGAUAGCGCAGGGGCAGGGGCAGGGGCAUCUGGCGCAGGGGCAAGUGGGAGGGAGGGCACAGCGAGCAUCAGCAGGGCGGGGUAUUGCAGGGCAGCAGCGAUUAAUCCCCGGUGCUGGAGGGGCAGAGGCAGCUGAACCAGGGGGAGUGGACAUGCAGUGGGGAGGCGGAGGAGGAGGCGGAGGGGGAGAGUGGGGGAGGGCGGAGGAGGAGGAGGCGCGGUGGUACACGUCUCCGGAGGAGGCAAGGGGCGACCGUGUGGGGGCGGCGUCGGACGUGUUCAAGCUGGGCGUGCUCUUCUUCGAGCUCUUCUGUCCAUUCACGAGCGCCACGGAGAGGAGCAUGAUAAUGGCGGACCUCUGCCAUCGCAUCCUGCCGCCGCGCCUCCUCUCCCAUCGCCCCAAGGAGGCCGCCUUCUGCCUCUGGCUGCUGCACCCCCAACCCUCCGCGCGCCCAACUGCCUCGGAGGUGCGCAGCAGUCAACUUCUAGCAGAUGUAGCGAGCAUGUUCGCCCACAGGGGCCAGCAGGCGGGCCUAGAGGCACAGGAGGCGGAGUGCGACGUGUUACUCGCCUUCCUCUCCCGCAUCCACCUCGCCAAGCAGUCUGCCGCCCAGAAACUCGCCCUGGAUCUCGGGCGGCUGACUGGAGAUAUUCACGAGGUGCACCGCAGGCGGGCGGCGGUGAUGGGCGGCCAGCAGGCUCACGGGCGGCACGAGCACGGGCGGCAGGGGCAAGGGCGGCAGGUGCACGCACAUGGAUCGGGGCAGUCUCAGAGGCAGCAGGGGCAGUCUCAGGCGCAGUCUCAGCCGCUCAUGCUGCCGGCCCCGUCAGCACAGACGGUAGAGGAGCGGGAAGGCGGCAGAGGGGGCCGCAGGGAGAUGGGCUGGGAGGGUGGGAGGGAGGGUGGGAGUGACAUGAGUGGAGGCGCAGAGAGGGACCUUUGGGGUGCCUUUUCCCCUCGCUCCCCCCGCCCUGGGCUCAUCCCACCCUCUCAUGCUGCUUCUGCUGCUGCUGCUGCUGACAUGAGUGGAGUGGUGAGCAUGGGUGGGGGAGGGCGAGAGGCGAGAGGGAGAUGGCCAGCAGGUGAAGUGGAGGAGGCACGAGAAGGGGCACGGCAUUUCCCUUCCUCGGUUCCUGCCGGUGCUGCUGGCGUUCCUGCUGCUCCAUUCGGCAUGGGACGGCCGCGGGGGGCGAGGAGGAGCGUGCGGUUAUUGCGUAACCUGGACCGGUUGGAAGAGGUGUAUUUCGCCAUGCGCUGGCGGGUAGAGGCGGCCAAUGGGGGACCUGUUGGGAGGGGGGGCGGUGCCAGUGCCUCUGCUGCCGCUGCUGCUGCCGCUCUGCCUGCAAACGAUGCUGCUGUGCCGCUUGCUGCCCCUCGCGCUGCUGCUGCUGGCGCCGGUGUUGGUGGUGGUGGUCGCGGUGAUGGCGGCAGUAGUGCUGGCGGUGCAGGUGGGAUUGAUGGUGUUGGUGGUGGUGGCAGCAUUGGUGGGGAUGAUGAGUCGAGUCAGGGUGUGGUGAGGCCAAGAGAGGUGAUGGAAGGGGAAGCAGAGGAGAGAAGAGGCGAAAGCGCAGGCCCAGAGAUGGAGGCACGGCAGGCCGGGGCAGCUGGACCCGCUUCGACUGCUGCUGCCGGGGCAGUGGCUGGUGCAUGGCGGGAAGCAGCAGGUGGGUCAGCAGCAGGUGGGGCAGCAGCAGGUGGGGCAGCAGCAGGUGGGGCAGCAGCAGGUGAGGCAGCAGCAGGUGGGGCAGCAGCAGGUGAGGCAGCAGCAGCAGCAGCAGCAGCAGCAGUAGCAGCAACAGCGGCAGGAAGAGCAGGCGGAGCGAUGGCAGCGCCACAGCAGCAGCAGCAGCAGCAGCAGCAGCAGCAGCAGCAGCAUCUGCACGAGCAGCAGCAGGGAGGCGCCGAGGGCAGCAGGGACCUCCUAGGCGAGUUCUUCGACUCGCUCUGCAAGUUUGCCCGCUACUCACGCUUUGAAGUGCGUGCCACGCUGCGCCACGCGCACCUCCUCAACGCGGCUUCCAUGGUCUGCUCCCUCGCCUUCGACCGCGACGCGCAGUUCUUCGCCACGGGCGGCGUCUGUCGGCGGAUUCGGAUCUUUGAGUGCGAGAGCGUGCUGGCAGGGCGACGCGUGGACGUGCACUAUCCGGUGGUGGAGAUGGGGUGUCGGGCGAAGCUGUCGUGUGUGAGCUGGAAUGGUUACAUUAAGAACAGGCUCGCAUCUGCUGACUAUGAUGGAGUUGUACAGCUCUGGGAUGCGGGCACAGGGGCAGCGGUGAUGGAGUGGGGGGAGCACGGGAAGCGGGCAUGGAGUGUAGACUUCUCCCCCUGCGACCCCACGCGCCUUGCCAGUGGCAGCGAUGACGGCACUGUCAAGCUGUGGAGCAUCAACCAGGACACGAGUGUGGGCACUAUUCACACCAAGGCCAACGUGUGCUCGGUCGCCUUCCCUCCGCACUCCUCGCACCUGCUCGCCCUCGGCUCGGCCGACUACUCGCUCCACUGCUUCGACCUGCGCUCGCUCCGCGCGCCCCUCGCCACGCUCACGGGCCACAGCAAGGCUGUCAGCUACGUGAAAUUCGUCGACGCUUCCACCAUUGUCUCUGCCUCCACGGACAAUACUCUCAAGCUGUGGGACCUGAACCAAGCAUGCAGCCAGCAGGCGGGGGGUGGGGCGGAUGGGGCCUCUGCGUGCACGAGGACGUUCACUGGCCACACCAAUGAGAAGCAUUCCAUUUCACUGUCCAUUUGUGCCCAAUCACACACCCCCUCUCCGCCUGUCUCCGAUCCAUCUCCCUCCCCAUCAUCGCUCUUCUCCCAGGUGUUUGCGUUCCACAAGUCGCUGCCAAUGCCUAUGGCAGCACACCGCUUUGUGGGGGUUGAUCCGGUCACAGGCGCGGACACGGAGGAGGACGCGGGGCAGUUUGUGUCGAGCGUGUGCUGGCGGGGUGACUCUCAGACACUCGUUGCUGCGAAUUCUACUGGGAACAUCAAACUGCUGGAGAUGGGAGGAGAAGGGGGGAUGCAGAGGUGGGAGCACAGUGGUAUGAGGGGCGCUGACACGGAGGAAGGGGGGAUGCAGCGAUGGGAACUCCACUGGGAUUACCCAACUGCUGGAGAUUGUGUGAGGGGGGGUGCUGGAACCCGUUCUUACCUUCGUCCCCUUAGCCUUGCCGUACCCUUCUUCUGCCACUCCGCCGCUAAUCUUCCGCUGGUUUCUUUCGCCAGCCUUCCGCCAGUUUUCCGCCAGUCUUCCGCCGAUCCCCCGCUCAGUCCGCCGCCAGGCGCCAUGAGUGCGGAGGAGCUGCAGCCGCCGCGCGUGCUACCGACGGUGCCGGAGACGGUGCUGAAGAAGCGGAAGAAGGACGAGCAGUUCGCGGCGGAGAAGCGCGAGCAGUUCCUGCAGAAGCACGCGCACCGCGGGAAGCGCGGAAAGGCGGAGAAGCGCUUCAAGCGCCCAGAGGACUUCGUGCUCGCGUUCCGCCGGAGGGAGCGCGAUGCUAAGCGCGUGCGCGCGGACCGGGUGGUGGGGCGGCGGGUGCAGCUGAAGCCUGUGGUGGCGGGCGGGGGGAGCGCGGCGCAGCGGAGGAUGGCGCGGCGGAAGCUGAAGGCCGCGCAGAAAGCGGUGGAGCGGAUGGGCGCAGCGGGGAAGGGGGAUGAGAAGGGGGGCGUUUUGGCGGGAACGAACCUGAAGCUGCUGUUUGCCGUGCGGAUCCGCGGGGUGCAACACGAAAUGACGAAGCAGUCGCGAAGUAUACUCAAGAUGCUCCGACUCACAGAGCUCAACUCGGGUGUCUUCCUCCGCGCCACGGACCGCACGGCUCAAAUGCUGCAACUCGUCGAACCAUAUGUCACCUUCGGGUUCCCCAACAUGUCAUCAGUGCGUGCGCUCAUAAUGAAACGAGGCGUGGCACGCAUACGGCAGCAAGAGGAGGGGGAAGGCGACGACGAGGGGGAGGAGGGCGAAGAGGGGGAAAAUGCAGGGGAAGGGGAGGAGCAGGAGGAGGGGGAUGAGGAAGCAGAGGGGGAGGAGGGAGGGGAGGGAGAGACCAACGAGGUGGAAGCAAGGGAGGUGGCGGCUUCAGAAGGGGCAGGAGGGAGUGGGGCAAUGGUGGUGGGGGUACCCAGAAAGCCGGAGGCCAUGGUGGGGUGGACAGGGCCGGUGGAUGCAGCAGAGGAGGCCAAGGGGUGGCGGCGAGUGCCCCUCACUGACAACGCCAUUGUAGAACAGGCGCUGGGCAGCACAGGCAUCAUCUGUAUCGAGGAUUUGAUUCACGAGAUCGCUACAGUGGGGCCGCACUUCCUGCAAGUGACUGGCUUUCUUUGGCCUUUCCGCCUCGCUGCCCCCAGGGGCAAGUUCAGCAAGGGCGGUUGGUUCAACAAGGGAGGGGAGGCUGGGAACAGAGGAGUUGAAAUUAAUGAGCUCAUUCGCUCAAUGGCAUGA